CCUCGUCUGUCCUCGUCUGUCCUCGUCUGUCCUCGUCUGUCCUCGUCUGUCCUACACACACUCUCCAAUCAAAGAUAUGUUUGAUUAAGUUUAAUUAGCACGUUUAAGAAGCUGGAAAUAUGAUCUCAACGUCUCUUUAUUUCUGCCUCUUGCUUUAACACAAGUAUAAAUGGGAGUAAAUGUCAAAAGCUUAAUAAUAUAGAGAGAGGAAUGAAAGUGGACAGUUGGAGGUAAAGGAAUGACAUCACUACGUAACACUCACGCUCUCCUAUUGGCUAGCGCUCCAACACAUUGUACGUGAUAGGAUAAGGGGGCGGGACAUCUGUAAGCUGGUUGACCAAUCAGAGGAGACUGGUGUAGUAUUUAAAAACGUCCCAAUCACAUUAACACAAGGGUUUAUUUAUAUUUAAAAACUUUAAAUACUUUUUUUAAAUACAAAAAUAGAAAAAGAUAUGUUGGUUUUAUUUUAAAUAUUUGCCAAAAAUGAUCGUCUGUUUUGUUGCUGUUUGUGCAGAAUUAGCUUUGUUUUAAACAUGAAAUAAAGUCUCAAUGCUUCACCUAAUACCACCAGUUGUUCACUGUGCAUCGCCUUAGAAAACGUGUGUGUGUGUGUGUGUUAUCUGUGACCUCUGCCUUCUUUAACCUCUCAGCAGAUUCUCUAUCUGAUAAUCUACCUCCAUGUUUACCCCCAAAACUCUCCCAUGAUGCAACGGGCCUCCAUCAGCAUUUCUGUUCUGCUGCAGUCGGCACUUCACACACACACACACACACACACACACACACACACACACACACACACACACACACACACACACACACACACACACACACACACACACACACACACACACACACACACUGUUGUGGAUAUUUGAAACUCGUCAAUACUGUAAAGAUGUACAAUGAGAGUAAUCAAUAAUAAACUGGUGAAAGCAGCGUUGUCUUGUUAGAGAGCUUCAAAGGUCUCACGGAGUACAGAUAGUCUGCAGGAGUGCGCAAUAGUCACAGAAUAGCAAAGCUUAUAUAAAAGAUAGGGCGGGCAGACAGAGUUUUGUGUAGCAUGGCGGAACGCCUCAGAAAUCUGCUUACACGCGGAUGUCUCAUAUCGCUAUGAGACGCCUGUGUCCUUGAGCUGCAGAAAGUAUAACGGUUAUCAGCAUAUGGAAGUUCAAACUUAGUGUGAAGAGGAGUAGUCUCAACAUAGUCUGUCAGCUCUGUGGCCUUGAAGCGCUUGAGAGUAAUAACCCUCAUUCGAGUAUGCAGAGGAAACAGCACAUAUCAGGAAAUGGAGCGAUGCCCUUCCAGCAGGGCGGCGCUGCAGGAGCAGAGAAAGACGACAGGAAGGGGGCGCCCCUCGCCUCCUCCCCCCCCACCAGGAGCUUCUUCCAUCGGGCUUCAUUCAACCAGCCCUCCGUCACCCCCUGGUCCCCGGGACACCCUAAAACAAACCAGAGUGUAUCCCCACCACAGGAGGAGUCCCCACCUAAAACGGCACGCAGGAUGAGUUUCAGUGGUAUCUUCAGGUCCAGGGAAUCGAACCAGCAACCCUCCUCUUCCUCCUCUUCCUCUUCCUCUUCCUCCUCCGCCAGUAUGAAACUGUUCAACCGCAACAAGAGAGAAAAGGCAAGAAGCCGAGCCUACAGCCUCUCCUCCCGUCCUCCCCCCUCCCCCCUCCCCCUUCAGAAGGAGGUGUUUCAGUUGAAAACGUACCUGAAGGAGCCUCAGCGUCCAGAAACCAGGAGGAUGAGAUCUUUCUCCUCCCCUCCUGACCCCGGACAUCUAUCUUUCCGCCAGCUGACUCCUCUGGCCCCGCCUCCUCUGACUCCUUGUCCAAUCACCACGCCUCCUUCAUUGCCUUGUCCAAUGACAACACCUCCUCUGACUCCUUGUCCAAUGACCUCGCCUCCUCGAGCCCCGCCUCCUGUCAGGAGGACG